GCUUGCUUCUGGGCUAUGAUACCCUGGGAGCGCAGGCCUAUGGCCGAGGAGAUUUCCGUGAGGUGGGUGUGCUGAUCCUGCGCGCAGUUCUCCUGGCCGCAGUCUUGCUGUUGCCGGUGGUGGUUGCAUGGUCAUGGGCAGAGCAGGGCUUCCUUUUGCUGGGUCAGGACCCAUACGUGGCAUCAUUUGCAGCUCGCUAUCUGCAGAUUUUCCGCCUCAGCAUCGUUCCCCUCGCGCUGUUUGAGGCUUUACGGCGCUUUGCCUUGAGUCAGGGCAUCGCCUGGCCGUUCACAGCUGCAACCAUCGCUUCGAAUCUUUUCGUGGCCUUAGCGGCAGACCCCAUGCUGCGCGCUUGGAAUUUUGACGGUAGUGGCCUCCUGAACCUGGGUGCGGUGACGGUUCAGGCCCUGGCAGGUAUGGCCUACCUGGCUAUCUGCAGGCCUGGAGAAGCAACGCAGGCUUUCCCCGGGUUACGGGGUCUCCGCAGCGCUGCAGAGAAAGAUGGGCUUCGCAAGUUCUUGAAGCUGGCCGUGCCUGGCGUUCUGUCCAUGACCGAGUGGUGGUUCUGGGAAGUCACUUGCUUCCGUGCUGGCGUCUUUGGCGCACACUCCCUGGCGGCCCACACAGUGGCCUACAUGGCUGUGCCGCUUCUCUUCCAAGUGCCGCGAGGCGUCCAGAUGGGGUAUGCGUCACGCGCAGGAGCGCUGCUUGGCGAAGGCCGUGGCCAAGCUGCCAAGAAGGUGGCUUUGGGAGGCCUGGCCGUCGGGGUGUUUUUGGUGAUAUUGGAUGCGGCGCUGAUGUGGGCAGCGCAAGAGGAGUACAUUGCCCAGAUGUCAGGCUCCUCUGCCAAGGAGCUCUCCGCUACGUGCCGCGAGAUUUGGCCCUUUGUCAUUUUCUUCCUCGUUGUGGAUGGGCUGUUUCCCUUGAAUCAAGGAAUCUGCAACAUCCAUUCGCAUCAGGGACGAGUUUCCCUUUCAAUGAUUCUCAGCCUGUGGGUUGUGGGCGUGCCAGUUACGCUCUCCAGCACUGAUUUGGUCAGCCUCUGGAGAAUUUUUCCUCUUUGCUACAUCCUCCUGAACUCGUUGCUGAUCCUCUCUUAUGCCUGCGCUGACUGGGACCUGGCCGCCCAGCGUGCGUCGCACCAGGACAAGGUUAUUGAUGAUGUGGAUGCAGAGAAGGCGACGACGACAAAGCUCGACUCGCCAAAUUGCAAAAAUCUGCAGCCGCAGGUUCUGGGUGCCGAGGAUGUGCAGAACAUCCAGGGCUGA